AUGGUUAACCAAACGACGACCCUUGCCAAGACCGAUAUGGUCAACGCCCGGGACAAUCAGGGUCGCACUCCGCUCUACCUCGCGGCGCAGUCGCGCGACCUCACGAACGUCAGACUUCUGCUGAGCUACGGCGCCGACGUCAAGGCCCUCACGGCCGACGGCAGCUCGGUGCUGCUGUCCGUGUUCGAUCAGUCGCUCCUCGACACGAUCCACCAAGCCGGUAAGGAGGAGAGCAAGGACGAGGUCUGCCGGCAACUGAUCGCGGAGCUGCUGGACGCCGGGGCGCCGCUGGACAGCCUGGACGCGCGCGGCCGCAACGCCAUCCACCUGGCCGCGGAGCUCAAACUCGAGCAGACCCUGAAGGUGCUGCUCGAUCGACGCGGCGACGCCCUCGACAUCGAGGCCGUGGACUACGAGGGUCGCACGGCGCUGCACGUCGCCGCCGGCGCGAGGAACAAGAAGAUCGUGGACAUGCUGCUCGCCGAGGGGGCCAACGUCCAGAGCUACACGCACGAGCGCAAGUCCGUGCUGCACUCUCUGCUCGACGAGGACAUCGACGGGGACGACGACAAGGACGAGGUCAACGAGAUCUUCGACGAGCUCGUGAAAGCCGGGGCCCCCGUCACCACCCUGGACAAGCGCCGCCAGAGUCUGCUGCAUUUGGCCGGUGAGCACAGCAUGAAGGAGAUCUUCCAGAAGCUGCUGCCCGCCUUCGAGGACCACACCGUGCAGACCACCUGGGGCUGCACGGCCCUGCACACGCUGCUCUGCAGCAUCGAGGGCCACGACGGCGGCGACGAGAGGGACCUCGAGCUGUGCUCGGUGACCGCACUGGACGGCGACGACGACGAGGACGUGCCCGAGCACCACAAGCAGAAGAAGAAGGAGACCCAGGCCAAGGAGAAAAACUUCGAGCCCAAGAGCUGGCCCGAGAUGCUGAGGGAGAUGUUCGAGCGGGACGAGAGGGUGCUAUACGUGCAGGACGACGAGGGUCGACUGCCGGUGCACCUGGCGGCCAAGUACAAGCACGGCAAGACCCUGUCCACGCUGUUGGAAAAUUACUGCCAGAACGAGGCCGCCGCCGCCAAGACGAGCGAGCCAGCGCCGACUACGGAACAAUGA